AUGCUUGCUGCUUUUCUGACUGCAGUGGUUUUUUAUAUUUUGAUUUCAGAACCACCCACUUCAGAGAUAGUGCUGGAGGAAGAGGAGGAUUUGAGCCCAGAGGAGAGGAGAACUCUGGAGAGAAAGAUGAAAAAGAUCCUGAAGAAAGAGGAGAAGAACAGACUGAAGGAGGCGGGGGAGACGCAGCCCAAAACAGAAGCAGCUGCUGCCACUGCUCCUCAGCUGGCCCUCGAUUAUCUCACAUGCUGGGCUGAAAACAGAGACAUGUGGAAGUUCCAGAAGACCAGACAGACCUGGCUGCUGCAGCACAUGUUUGACUCUGAGAAGGUUUCAGAUGACAAGUUCUCUGUGCUGCUGCAGUAUGUGGAGGGGCUGCAAGGAUCAGCGAAGGACACCACGGUUCAGAAAGCCUUGGCUUUAGUGCAACAGUCUGGAGACGCACCUGACACACACGUCCAGCAGAGGGCGCAUCGAGCCAAAGAAAUCAUCCAGCUGCUGUCCUAA